AACAUCUCCUCCUCCUCCUCCUCCUCCUCCUCCGCCACCGCCACCCCUCUUCUCCCCCCCAAACCAUGUCUGCUCUCCUCACCGCGCCACACUCAACACCCUCCCAUCUCCCAUCUGCUCCUCUCGCCCUUGCCAUUCCAUCACUCUACGCCCCCGAUGCCUCGCUGAUUCUAGACUGGACACUAACGGAUCUGAUCUGGCCACUCGGAGCUCGUCCACCACCACAGCAACUAGCAAACGACCCAUCCCUCUCGACCGCAUCUUGUCCCACGCUGGCCUUCGCGAUUGGAGAUCCCCUCUCGCUUCCACCUCCUUCGCAAGUGAAGCGCCUCCUCCAGCCGAGGAGGAGCACAACGACUGGGUCAUCGCAGAUCGCCUCUGCCAACUCCCGUGAUGGUAAUCCACAUCCCCUUCCGUUCCCUCCCAUCCCCAGAUCCCUCACUCCCUCUGACUAUUUGUUCUAUCCACCACAGGAACGGCCACUAAGGUAUCGACCACGCCUCCUCCGACAUGAACGGUCACAAAUUGAUUUGACCCCAAAGAUUUCUCAUGUGUACCUUCUGUCCGGUUCCUCUUCCGCUAGCUCUUCUGAGUGUAGGGCAGAGUUCUGCAUGGACGAGUACCUGCAACGGCCAGGAUCAACAAUGAUGCAGAGUUCUGCAUGGACGAGUACCUGCAAUGGCCAGGGUCAACAAUGAUGCAGAGUUCUGCAUGGACGAGUACCUGCAACGGCUAGGGUCAACAAUGAUGUAGAUCAGAUGUUCAACUACAGCCCCAUCUAGCCAAAGUCAGGUAUUUACUUGUCUUGUUGAAUAGACGUGGGCCUGAUGUUUGAUGGUCAAGUGCUUUGAUGUGUAUCGUGUGACAAACACAUUAGUGAACUGAUUUGACUUCGACAUGGUUGCCCUGUUAGAUUAACUUGGUUAAUAUUUUUGCCAUAGUCCCAAGUUUCUGUUGGUUUUUCCAACUAGUUCAUUGAUAUUGUUCUGGUUUUUAUGUAUGGAACAUCUUGAAUGACUAUCUAAAUUUUUUCAAGCUA